AUGAAAUCGGCUUCUAAAUCGGCUUCGAUGAUCAUUACAAUGUUCACAUAACAAAAGUAAACAUUAUAAUGAUUUUUAAGUUAAGAAAUGCAACUUGCUUAAGCUAAAAAAGAAUUCGAUGAAAUGGCAAAGGAAAUUGCAGAUAGAAGAAAAAAGUUACUGUUUUAAUUAGAUAAGGGUAAGAAAAAGGAAAAUGAGAAAGUUGAUGCUUCUAAAGCAGAAAAAUUCAAAUCUAUGGUAUUAUUUAAAUUAAAUUUAAGGAUGAGCACAGAAUUCCGUUAGAAGAACUAGAACAGAGAUUCCAAACAAAUGUAAAAACUGGGCUAACGAAAGAAAUUGCGGAUUAAAAGUUAAUAGAGUUUGGAAAAAAUGAACUGAGUUAGAAGGAAAAAGAGCCUUGGUAUAUGAAAUUAAUUCAUGAAUUAACCUCCAUGUUUGCUAUGCUAUUAUGGGUUGGAGCUGGAUUAUGCUUUUUGGCAUAUGGACUUGCUCCUGAAGAUCCAUCAAAUGUAAUUAUUUUAUUAUAAAACAUUAGUUAUAUUUAGGUGUAGUAAUUAUGGUAGUGAACACUCUUACAGGAAUAGUAACAUUUUUUUAAAAUGCAAAAUCUGAAGCCAUUAUGGAUGCUUUUAAGAAUUUUAUUCCCCCUGAAACAUUAGUCAUUCGAGAUGGGCAACAAUAAAAAUUUCCAGCAACUAAUUUAGUUCCUGGAGAUGUUGUUGUUAUAGAAAAUGGUAAAAGAAUUCCUGCAGACAUAAGAAUUUUGGAAAGCAAUGAAAUGAAGGUGGAUAAUUCAAGUCUUACAGGAGAAUCUUUAUUAUUAUUAAGAUCUCCAGAAUGCACUAAUCAAACAAAUCCAUUAGAAACAAAAAAUCUUGCCUUUUUUGGAACUCUUUGUAAAGAAGUAUUAAUAAAUUAAUAUAAAUUAGGGAAACGGUAAAGGUAUUGUUCUCUUUACAGGUGAUAGUACAGUUAUAGGUUAAAUUGCUGGUUUGGUAGAAAGUUCAGGAGGAGAUGAUACUACACUUAGAAAAGAACUUAACGUAUUUAUCAAAUAUAUUGCUGUUAUUGCUAUCUCUGUUGGAGUAUUAUUUUUUGUAUUGGGUUUUAUUAUUGGAUAUCGUAAUUAAUAAUAUAUUAUUUUUAGCUGCUAUUACAAAUCUUGUAUUUGCUAUUGGUAUCAUUGUGGCAAAUGUUCCAGAGGGACUUUUGGCAACAGUAACGGUGGCUUUAACUUUAACAGCGAAAAAGCUUGCUUCUAAAAAGGUUUUAGUUAAGAAUUUAGAGGGAGUUGAAACAUUAGGAUCAACGUAAAUUUUAAUAAAUAAAUAUAUAUAGAUCAUGUAUUUGUUCAGAUAAAACUGGAACAUUAACUUAAAAUAAAAUGACAGUUGAAAAUUUAUGGUAUAACAAUAAAAAAUACAAGGGAAUGAAUAGAGAGAAAAUGGGACCAAAAUAUCACUAUGAAUAUGAUUUAAAUGAAGUGGGUUUUAAAACUUUACAUGAAACUGCAAUUCUUUGUUCCGAAGCAACUUUUGAUAAUUCUUUACCUUAAGAAUAAUAAAUAAAAAUAUAAAAUGCAAUAGGUCUAAGUUAAUAAUAGAAAGAUUAAAAAUUAAAGGAGGCUUAAGAAAAAUGGGAUUAGAAUUUUUAAAAAAUGACAUGUUAAGAGAAACCAACAAUUGGUGAUGCUUCAGAAACAGCUUUAAUAAAAUUUUUCUAACCAAUAAAUGAUAUAUUAUAAACAAGAAAUAGUAGAUAGGUUGCAAAAGAUAGUGAAAAUAAGAUGGCAAAGAUGCCAUUUAAUUCAACUAAUAAAUACGCAUUUAUAAUAGUUGAAUAUGAGACAUAAGAUUCACAUUUUUGUUUAUUAACAAAAGGUGCUCCAGAAAGAAUAUGGGCACUUUGUGAUUAAGCAUAUAAUAAUGGUAAGGUAGAAUAGAAAGAUGAAAAAUGGGAAUAAUCAUUUUUAUAAAUUAAUGAAUAAUUUGGAAGAUAAGGAGAAAGAGUUCUUGGAUUUUCAAAGCUACAUUUACCAAAAGAUUAAUAUCCAAUUGGUUAUUAAUUUAACCUAGAUAAAAUGAAUUUUCCAUUUAAUAAAUAAGUAUUUGUAGGUUUGAUAUCUUUAAUUGAUCCUCCUAAAGAUAGUGUACCAUAUGCAGUAAUAAAAUGUAAGACUGCAGGUAUUUAAGUUAUAAUGGUAACUGGUGAUCAGCCAGUAACAGCUGCUGCAAUAGCAAGAUAAUGUAAUAUAAUAACAGAGAAAACAGUUGAUGAAAUAAUGAAAGAAAAGAAUAUAACUUUUGAGGAAGCAUUUCAUUAAUCAAAUGCUUUAGUAAUUCAUGGAGAUAAAUUAACAAAGAUGGCAAUAGAUGAUGAAGGUUUACCUGAAGAUGAGAAAGGAAGAUAAUUAUAAGAAUGGUUGGGUAAACCAUAAUUAGUAUUUGCAAGAACAAGUCCAGCAUAGAAAUUAAUAAUAGUAGCUGGUUGUUAAAGAAAAGGACAUAUAGUAGCUGUAACAGGUGAUGGUGUAAAUGACAGUCCAGCUAUAAAGAAAGCAGAUAUUGGAAUUGCAAUGGGUAUUACUGGAUCUGAUGUUGCAAAAGAUGCUGCUGAUAUGAUUUUAUUAAAUGAUGAUUUCUCUAGUAUUGUUGUAGGAAUAGAAGAAGGAAGAAAGAUUUUCGAUAAUCUAAAAAAGAGUAUUGCUUAUUGUUUAACAUCAAAUAUAUCAGAAUUACUACCAUUUCUAGGUUUUGUUAUAUUCAGAAUUCCUUUACCAUUAACAACAGUAUUAAUUUUGUGUAUUGAUAUUGGAACAGAUAUCUUUCCAUGUACUACCUAUGUUUUUGAAGAUGCAGAAAUAGAUAUUAUGACAAGAAGACCUAGAUCUUAAGAUGAACAUCUAGUAAGUGGUAAACUAUUAAUAUAUGCAUAUGUUUAAAAUGGAGUACUUUCAACAUAUUGUGGAUAUUUCUAAUGGUUUGUUACACUAUAUGAUUUUGGAUAUAAUCCUUCAGAUUUACUAUUUAUUGGAGUUAGAGAAACUGUAUUACCAAAAGAAACUGAUGUUUAUGAUCCUAGUGAUCCUUGGUUUGGUAAUUCGAAUUUAAAAGCAAUUAAAGAAUUUGAAAAUGGAUAAUGUGAUGGAGAUGAAGGUUUUGUUUAAAAUAAAACAGAAAUUGAUUGGAUUUAUGCUAAUCAUGCUAAAUUAGAUUUAAGAAUGGCUUAUAUUGAAUGCAAAGAUGGAAAAUUAAAAGAAACAUUUAAUUGGGCUCCAUGUAAUGUUAAUUUAAUUUCACCUUAUACAAAAAGACCUUAUUGUUACUCUACUGAAGCAUCAAAUUAUGGCUAAACUUCAUUCUUUUAUGGUAUUGUUGUUGGCCAACUCACUAAUUAUUAAGGAUUAAGAUCUUUAAAGAAUGCAGGAGUCUAUUAAGGUUUAUAAGAAUAUGUAUAUUUUUAGGAUUCUCUAAUUAUUAUAUGUUUUUCGGAUUCUGGGUAGAAUUUAUGUUGACUGUGGCUUUGUCAUAUGUUUAAGUUUUUAAUACUAUUUUUGGAACUAGAGAUUUACUAUUCAUACAUUAUGGAGUAUCUGCUCUUCCAUUUGCAUUAAUUAUGUUAUUAUGGGCUGAAGGAAGGAAAUGGAUGGUAUAAAUCUAUUCAUUUAUUCUUUUUAGAUUAGAAAUUCAAAAUCCAAUAACAGUUGUCCAAGUUGGUGGGAAAGAUGUGUUGUAUUUUGAUUAAGUAUUGAUAUUCAAAAUAUACAAA